AGAAAAAAAAGACAAACUACAAAACUUUUUUCUCCUUAAGAUGUUCAGUGAGGAUUCUUUAGAUCGGUUACGCGAACUCGCUUCCUCAUAGACUUUUUUCUUUUUUUUUGCCUCCUCUCCGUGCUGACCAAGACCUAACCCGAUUUUUUUUUUGCAGCUGGUGAGAAUAUGUGCGAGAGGCGAUCGGCGAAGGGUAUGGGCUGUCUCUGGUCCCCCAAGGAGAAGCAACGUGGAUUAAACACGAAUUAAUGUGGAAUUUAUCGGAGCCCAAAGGUGGAACGACGACCGGACACAGCGCUUCCUCGUCAGGGACUGACUGAUCAUGGUCGCCGUGGUCCGCUCUCUCAUGGUACUGCUGCUCGCUCAGGUGUUGCUGGAAGGUGCUACGGGACUUAUCCCCGAGGUCGGCCGGAGGAAAUACAGCGAAUCCGGGAAGCAGACCGCGGAGCAGUCGGAGAGCUUCCUCAACGAGUUCGAGCUUCGGCUUCUCAAUAUGUUUGGACUGGGGCGCAGGCCGACCCCGAGCAAGCAAGCCGUGGUGCCGCAGUACAUGGUGGACCUUUACCGCAUGCACUCAGCCAACGGAGACCACAGCAGUAAACGGCCCAAGAGCAUGGGGAAACACGCAGAGAGAGCCGCCAGCAAGGCCAACACGAUUAGAAGCUUUCACCAUGAAGAGUCUUUGGAGGCCCUGGCCAGCCUGAAAGGCAAAACAACCCAGCAGUUCUACUUCAACCUCACCUCCAUCCCCACUGAGGAGCUCAUCACCUCUGCAGAGCUGCGCAUUUACAGGGACCAGGUCAUGGGAGCUGCAGCCCCCAACAACCGCAGCACUAGUGACAGUGCUCCAGCUGGUGGCUUCCAUCGCAUCAACAUUUAUGAGAUAUUCGGAGUUCCUCGCAGUGCAGAACCUCUGUCGCGUCUGCUGGACACUCGGCUGGUGCAGGACUCUUUGAGCCGCUGGGAAAGCUUUGACGUCAGUCCCGCUGUAUCUCAGUGGGCCUCUGGGAAAGGCCACAAUCACGGCUUCGUGGUGGAGGUGCUUCACCCAGAGGAAGGGGAGACGGAUGGCGAGCACGCCAAGAGACAAAGCAGGCAUGUGAGGGUGAGCCGGUCCCUGCACCAGGACCAGGACUCGUGGCCUCAGGCUCGACCCCUGCUGGUGACGUAUGGCCACGACGGCCGCGGGGACUCGGUGCUCCAUACACGGGAAAAAAGGCAGGCGGCGCUCCGCAAACAACGCAGGAAGCACCAGCACAAGGCGAGCUGCAAGAGGCAUGCCUUGUAUGUGGACUUCAGUGAUGUGGGGUGGAAUGAGUGGAUAGUGGCACCCCCUGGCUACCAUGCCUUUUAUUGCCAUGGGGAAUGUCCUUUCCCCCUUGCUGACCACCUCAAUUCUACCAAUCAUGCCAUUGUGCAGACGCUUGUCAACUCAGUCAACUCAAACAUCCCCAGAGCCUGUUGCGUGCCCACUGACCUCAGCCCCAUUUCCCUGCUCUACCUGGACGAAUACGAGAAAGUCAUUCUGAAAAACUACCAGGACAUGGUGGUGGAGGGAUGCGGCUGCCGGUGAGAAACCGGUGGUCUGGGUAGAAAGAAAGCGAUGGCGGGCAAGAGAGACUGAAAGAGAUCAGAGGUUAUUAUGGACACCCGGUUUCCCAAUGAAGACGUUUAUUUAUAUGAAAGAAAAACACAAAACAGAGCUAUUGUGGAAGAAGAAAAAAAAACUAUAUAUGAAUAUAUUU